UAUCUCUUCUUCAGUGUGUACAUAGUUGAAAUUGACGAUAAAGAAAGAAAAGUUAUAUUAAAGAAAUAAUUAUUAUCACACACACACACACGCACACAUAUUUAUAUAUAUAAUCGAUUAGAGCAGUUGUUGCUACUUUUUGAAGUAUACAAUGGAAACGAUAUUAGAGCAACAACGACGUUAUCAUGAAGAAAGAGAACGUUUGAUGGACGCUAUGGUGAAGGAAAUGCUUUAUAAAAAGCCAGGGCAUCGUGAAAAUAUAAAUUCUGAGCAUAGAUUAAAGAUGCUGUUAGAUCAGUAUAUGGAUAGUACUGCAAAUUUACAAGAUUUGUACGAAGAUAAAGAUGGUCAAAGAAAAGAGGAGGUACAAGCACUUUCAGGCCCCAACGAAUUCUCAGAAUUUUAUUCUCGCUUAAAAUCAAUUAAAGAAUUCUAUCGUAGACAUCCAAAUGAAAUUAGUGUACCCAUGUCCGUUGAAUUUGAAGAAUUAGCCAAAAUGAGAGAGAAUCCUACGGAGGAAUUAUCUAACCUUGUAGAAUUCACCGACGAAGAAGGUUAUGGGAAAUAUUUAGAUCUUCAUGAAUGUUACGAAAAGUAUAUUAAUCUUAAAGGAAUCGAAAAGGUUGAUUACAUCACUUAUUUGUCUACAUUCGAUCACUUGUUUGAUAUUCCAAGAGAAAGAAAAAAUGCUGAAUACACCAGAUAUGUCGAAGCCCUUUUAUCCUAUUUAGUUGAUUAUUUAAGUAGAGUUAGACCUUUGCUGGACAUAAAUGCAGAAAUUGAGGAAGCCAAUAAGGAUUAUGAGACGCAGUGGGAAAAUAAUACUUUUCCAGGAUGGCCGAAGGAAACUGGAAGUGCAUUGACACACGUUGGAGCACAUUUGGAACUAUCCGCUUUUUCAUCUUGGGAAGAACUUGCAUCCCUUGGAUUAGAUAGAUUGAAAUCUGCAUUAAUGGCUUUGGGUUUGAAAUGCGGCGGUACUUUGGAAGAAAGAGCCCAGAGACUUUUUAGCACAAAGGGUGAAGCUUCUCUUGAUCCUAAUUUAUUAGCCAAAAAUAAAAACAGAAAGUCUGGUAAAGGGAAAGAUACUGAGAAGCAGAAGGAGAUUGCAAGGUUAGAGUCUCAUGUUUAUAGACUCGCAGAAUUGGUAUCUAGUCAAAGAGUAGCUACAAAAGAGAAUGUACAAAGGAAACAAGCUAGAACGGAAGGUGAACGGGGCGAUUCCGAUGCAGAAGCAAGUGCAAGCGAAUCCGAAGAAGAGGAUGAUAAUGAAGUACCUUAUAAUCCUAAAAAUUUACCUCUCGGAUGGGAUGGCAAACCUAUACCAUAUUGGUUAUAUAAAUUGCAUGGCCUUAAUAUUAGUUACAAUUGUGAAAUCUGUGGAAAUUUUACAUAUAAGGGACCAAAAGCUUUUCAAAGACAUUUUGCAGAAUGGAGACAUGCUCAUGGUAUGCGUUGUCUCGGCAUUCCAAAUACCGCACAUUUUGCUAAUGUAACUCAGAUAGAAGAUGCUCUUGCCUUGUGGGAAAAGCUUAAAACGCAGAAGCAAGCUGAACGGUGGCAACCAGAACAAGAAGAAGAAUUUGAAGACUCUCUUGGCAAUGUGGUCAAUCGUAAAACAUAUGAGGAUCUUAAAAGACAAGGCUUGCUAUAAAAUGAGAUAUCAAAGUAGAAGUUUAUACAAUUAAUAUUAUCUAUAUAGAAGGGAGAUUUGCUUAUUGCGUAAUCGAUAAAAUAAGGUUUAAUAAAAGAUAUGAUAUAAAAAUUAAA